UCUGAAAGCGCCGUUUCUUUCUAACAAGUCUCUCCCUCUCUCCAAAUUCAAAAUCUCUUAUUGUCUCCCUCUCCCUCUCUCUCACACACAAACACACACACACACACACAUAAACACAGAGCCGAAACCCUAGGGUUUGGAAUCUGAUUCGAGAUGGAUGGACCCGAUGGGAAAAAUGGAUCUCAAUCUGUUCGAGUAGCUGUUAAUGUUCGACCACUGGUUACUCCGGAGCUUCUUGUUGGCUGCUCUGAUUGCAUCAGUGUCACUCCAGGCGAACCGCAGGUGCAAAUUGGUUCGCAUUCUUUCACAUUUGAUUAUGUAUAUGGGAGUACCGGGUAUCCCUCUUCUCGGAUUUUUGAUGACUGCGUUGCUCCCCUGGUUGAUGCACUAUUUCAUGGCUACAAUGCCACAGUUUUGGCUUAUGGCCAGACUGGAUCGGGUAAAACCUACACUAUGGGCACAAACUAUAACGGAGAAGGCAGUAAUGGCGUGAUUCCAAAAGUGAUGGAAAUGAUAUUCAAACAAGUAGAGGAGACCAAAGGCACUACCGAGUUUUUAAUCAGAGUAUCUUUCAUUGAGAUAUUUAAGGAGGAGGUUUUUGAUUUACUGGAAUCAAAUUCAGCAGUAUAUUCCAAGGCUGAUGGGAAUGGAAAACCUGUAGGGCCAUCUAGGGCUCCUAUUCAAAUCAGGGAAACAGCAAAUGGUGGCAUCUCCCUUGCUGGUGUAACAGAGGCUGAAGUUACUUCACAAGAGGAGAUGGCUUCAUUUCUGUUGCGAGGAUCUGUGUGCAGAGCAACUGGGAGCACAAAUAUGAAUAGCCAAUCAAGUCGAUCACAUGCCAUUUUUACAAUUACAAUGGAACAAAAACGAAUUUCUGGCUCAACAAAUGGAGGAGCUCAUGAUGAUGGAGAUGAUAUAUUGUGUGCCAAGCUUCAUUUGGUUGACCUUGCUGGAUCUGAAAGGGCAAAAAAGACAGGAGCUGAUGGGAUGCGUUUACGAGAAGGAAUUCAUAUCAACAAGGGUUUAUUAGCUCUUGGUAAUGUGAUAAGUGCAUUGGGUGAUGAGAAGAAGCGAAAAGAAGGUGGCCAUGUGCCCUAUAGGGACAGCAAGUUAACCCGCCUUUUGCAGGACUCUUUAGGAGGCAACAGCAAAACAGUAAUGAUAGCUUGUGUAAGUCCAGCAGAUACAAAUGCUGAAGAAACUCUCAACACAUUGAAGUAUGCAAAUCGAGCACGCAACAUUCAAAACAAAGCAGUGGUGAAUCGGGAUCCAGUUACAGCUCAAAUGCAACAAAUGAGAAAUCAAAUCGAACAGUUGCAAGCAGAGCUUCUUUAUGUAAAGGGAGACUCUUCCACACCAUUUGAAGAGCUUCAACUUUUGAAACAGAAAAUAGCAAUACUUGAAACAAGCAAUGCUGACUUACAGAAACAGCUUCAAGAACAUCAAGUCAACUUUGAACAUUUGACUAAACAAGCAACUGAUGCUCAAUUUGAAAAGGACAAACUGUUAUUAAAACUUGAAUCUGCUCGUGAUGGUAAACCUUGGGAUGAGAACAACUGUGACUCGAAUAAGGAUGUUGGUUUAUUGAAAACUUAUGUCUCAAAAAUUCAAGAAUUAGAAGGAGAAUUGAUGCGCACACGAAGAUUAAAUACUUCAAAACGCACUGAACUUAUCGAUUUCUUGGAUUUGGAUGAAACUGUUCUUAACCCAAAAAGUAAUUUGUUUCCUGGAUCUGAUUCUAAACCUGCUGAAGUUGCUGGUAAUCCUGAAGAUGAAGAGAAAGAGCUAGAACAUUGUUCCUUACAAGAAAAACUUGAUAAUGAGCUCAAAGAAUUGGACAAAAAGCUUGAACAAAAGGAGGCUGAAAUGAAGCGUGUUGCGGGUGGUGAUACAUCAGUUCUUAAACAACAUUAUGAGAAGAAAGUUUUGGACUUGGAACAAGAAAAGAGAGCUUUGCAGAAAGAAAUUGAGCAACUUAGGAACAAUCUUGCAAACAUUUCCACCACUUCUGAUGACAGUACACAGAAGUUGAAGGAAAAUUAUCUUCAGAAGCUGAACUUUUUGGAAGCCCAAGUUGUGGAGUUGAAAAAGAAGCAAGAUGCUCAGGCACAGUUGUUAAGGCAAAAACAGAAGAGUGAUGAAGCUGCAAGGAAACUUCAGGAUGAGAUUCAUAGAAUCAAAACACAGAAGGUACAAUUACAACAAAAAAUCAAGCAAGAAUCUGAGCAGUUCAGAUUAUGGAAGGCCUCACGAGAAAAAGAAGUACUUCAGCUUAAGAAAGAAGGAAGAAGGAAUGAGUAUGAGAUGCAUAAGCUACUAGCUCUAAAUCAAAGACAAAAAAUGGUUGUGCAAAGGAAGACCGAAGAAGCUGCUUUGGCUACAAAACGAUUAAAAGAAGUACUCGAUUCACGCAAGACUUCUUCACGUGAUACAUAUGGAAGUAGCAGUGGACCUGGAGUUCAGGCACUGAUGCAAGCAAUUGAACAUGAGCUUGAGGUUUAUGUUCGUGUGCAUGAAGUACGUUGUGAACAUGAGCGUCAAAAGGAAGAGAGGGUAAAAAUGGCAAAGGAGUUGGCAGAACUGAAGGAUGAAGCAAAUAUGGCAAAACAUUCAAGUUUAAGUGUUUGUGGUCAAACGAUGUCGCCUGGAGCAAGAAACGCAAGGAUAUAUGCUCUUGAUAACAUGCUUGCUACUUCAUCCAAAACCAUCGUUGCAAUGGCGUCACAGUUAUCAGAAGCAGAAGAGCGAGAAAAAGCCUUUAGUGGCAAAGGUCGUUGGAAUCAAGUUCGGUCUCUCCAGGAUGCUAAAAACAUCAUGAAUUAUCUCUUCAAUCUGGCAUCAUCUUCAAGGUGCCAGGUUUGGGAGAAAGAAGUCGCGUGUAGAGAGAAGGAUACGGAGAUUAGAGGGUUGAAGGAGAAAAUCGUCAAUUUAAUUCGACAGAUUGAAAUGCACAAGGCCGAACUCAUUCGACAGGAAAAGCUUAAGAAGCUUAUGAUGUCCAAGAGUUUCAGAAAAAGAUCCACACAUCAAGAUGACGACGGUGAAGGACACGUGUAUGAUUUGCGACCUAAGGGACUACGGAAUUCGAUAGCUUACAACACCAGUGGAGAUCUGGAUGAAUUACUGGAAGACAUGGACACGUCAGAUUCCGAUAAUUCCGACGAUUGGUUACAUUCCGAUGACUUCCAGGACGAGUGGGGUAAUCGGAGGAAACAAACCGCUAAAAGAAAUUCCAAAGCCGACUUCACCGAUUCGGAAAUCCAGAAAACGUCUCCGACUGAAGAAGGUAGUACGGGUGAAAACCCGAAAGUACCCUUCGGGGAGUGUUGUACAUGCAGCAAAAGCUCUUCAUGUAAAACGAUGAAAUGCCAGUGCCGAGCGGCGGAAGGCAUGUGUUCGGCGUCGUGUGGGUGUAACCCGAAGAAAUGUUCCAACCGGGAAACGGUGGUUGUUGUGGAGCAGUCUGAUUCUCGACCACCACUACCAGCACCACCGGUGGCAGUUAUGGUGGACGGUGAUGUUAAUUUAUCAGAUGAUCAGGAGCUUGCGAAUCGUGCAGCGGUGUUACUUGAGUCGGCUCUUGGUGAUAAGCCGGCUGAGAUAAACAACGAUGUUGAGGGCUCAAAAAGAAAGGCGCUGUCAGACAUUGGGAAUAAAAUUGUGAAAUCUAACGCACCAAAGCCUCCUGCUCCAAGGAAGAAAUGGCGCAAAUCAGCGGCAAUCAAACUGAUUCCAGUGGUGGCUCCUCCUCCUUCUCAAAUAGAAGAAACAGAAACAGAAGCUCCACAGACACAAAAACAGGAGAGUAAUAAUAACAAUAGCAGUGUUGUUGUUGUUGAGACAACAAAUAUCCCACAAAUGUUAAGGUUACCCAGAGCAAUGAGAUCUGCAAUGUCAAAUCCUAACAAUUCCAUUUCUAAUCCUCCCUUGAGAGACCGAAAUUCCCAACAGAAUCAGUCUGGGGAUUCGACUGCUAAUAAAGAACCUGAGCAUGCUACUGCCAUUCCUCUUAGACCAACAACAAACGAAAAAGAAAAUAAUAAUAAUAAUCAUGGGAUUUAAGGUAAUGGUGUCUGUCUUCAUUUAUCCAUCUAACUCUUUCUUCAUUUUAGUUGUUUAAACAAAUCCGUAAAUGGUAAUGUACCUUUUGAGGAUAGAGAAUGGGACUGUUUGGGUAGGGUAGUUGUGUUAUGUGUAAAACACUGAUCAAUCCUCUAUUGAUGAGAAGAAGCUUGUUUGGUUUGGUUUGCUUAGUUGUGUUGAAAUGUAUCUUUAUUGGAAAUGUAAAUGUGUCUAAACCUGU